UGGUCCUUGAGACAAAUGUUGAAAUAAAUAAUGUUUUGUUUGAUUGACAGUGACAUUUUGCUUCUACUACCCUAAUUAUUUUCUAAAUUUGAAAACAUGCCCCAUUGCAAGGAAAUAAAAUUGGGAGACGUAUGGCGAACCUGCAACAAAAUCAGGGCAGCAAUUUUCCGAAUGGGAAUCAACUUAUUCGAAUACUUUGCUCCAUUGGAUCCGCAUAAAAAUUGCUUGAUUUCAGAAUCGCAAUUUAUAUCUGUUAUUAACGGUCAACUCAGAGCAACUAUAGGAUUAUCUGAACAAGAGGUCGCUGAACUUGCGGAUUAUUUCAGAGUGCCUGAUGGAAGAAUUUACUAUACACAAUUAUGCGAGGUUAUUCAUGAUAGUGUACCAAAAUUCAGCGAGAAUGCCCCAUUAGUGAGUGGUCUAGAAUGGGAGGAUCCUUUACACACGAACAGACUGAGUAUUAGCGAAGAAAGGAGAUUAAGUGUUCUGCUUACAAAAAUUGCAUCGCUCGUGAAUAUGAGGAAAAUCAUACUCCGUCCUUAUUUUCAGGAUUAUGAAUUGGUGAGAUACCUUAUUAUACAAUGUAAAAACUUUGUUUGUUCGCUACUUAUUGCCGAACUCGAAAAAGUGCCGAGUUUGAAAGUUGACCCUCCUCCGCCAGAAGUCAGAGAAUUACCGAGAACCGGCGGCAAAAACUGGCAAUCGGUUAAUCCUUCGACAAGGGAUCUGUGUGAAGCGGCCGUCGACAAAGUCAAACAGAAGAUCAUCCAUAGACGGAUACUGCUGAAGCCCUUUUUAACAAAUAUUCCAGGCAAAGUAGAAUCUGAUGAUGUAUCAACAGAAGGCAUGUCUGAUGUAUUCGAACAGUCACUGUCCACGGGAGAGCUUAGUCUGUCUAGUGACAUGAUUGAUAAAUUGAAAAGGGACCCUUGCGAUCCUACGAGAGUAUGCUGGAGAACUUUCGAAGAUGAUAUCGAUCAAGUUUUUACCGUAAAGGAACUCGAAAAAGUGCCGAGUUUGAAAGUUGACCCUCCUCCGCCAGAAGUCAGAGAAUUACCGAGAACCGGCGGCAAAAACUGGCAAUCGGUUAAUCCUUCGACAAGGGAUCUGUGUGAAGCGGCCGUCGACAAAGUCAAACAGAAGAUCAUACUCCAUACUUAUGCCUCUUCAGGACAUAACAAUGGUCACGUCAGCAGAUCGCAGAUGAGGCAAGCUCUCCAUUCAAACUGCAUCCUGCUUUCUGAUGAGGAGUUGUUCGCUUUAGAAGAGAGAUUCAACGAUGAUGUAGGUUUUAACUACUUCUGGUUCCUCAAAGAUGUUGAAUUUUCUUGCGAUGAACCUUUGUAUACCCAAUUUGUUGCCGACACAUUGAAAUUGAACAAAGAACCUCCAAAGAAGAAAGUGCAAAGACAAGAACAAGACAUCGUCAAGAUCAUGGCGAAGAUUAAAGGAAAAGUGGUAAGAGAAAGGAUUCGCGUAAUGGAAUUUCUGAGAGAUUUCGACAGGUGCAACGAACAAGUCAUAAGCAGAGAUGAUUUCAAAAGAGGUCUCUCCGUCUGCAGAUUCGACCUCAGCGAAAACGAAGUAGAAACUCUGAUGGAAGUAUUCGCCUCUCCUUUGAGGAGAGAAUGCGUGGACUACAAGAGAUUUUCUGAUGUUGUCGAGGAAGCGUUCACGCAACAGUGUUUAGAAAGGGCUCCUCUGCUAGUGCCAAUACAACAUGUCCCUACGAGGGAUUGCGAGAAGAAUUUCCUCAACUUCGAUGAAAGGAUCAUGUUGUCGGUGGCAUUGCAGAAGUUGUCCAAGAAACCGGAUCUGCAGAUGAACCUUUCUUCAGUGCUGCAGGACUUCGAUAAGACCAAUUGUGGUACCGUUUCUAGAACGCAUUUCUUGAAAGCCCUGACUCUGAGAGGAAUGUCCAACUUGAUUUCAAGAAAUGAAUUCGACGUCAUCUGCAAAUGCUUCAGCUUCGAGAGAGGGAUGAGAGACGAGGUGGACUACAGGGCGUUCAUGAAAGCCCUAGAAAUAUUGUACGCCACUGAGAAAUAUAAUCCAUUCUGAAAAAUUCAAAUGUACUUUAAAUAAAAAUUGCCUUGCUGUCUAA